UAACUAUGCUGCCAAGUUAACACUUUACGCCCCCUAACAAGUCAUCUUCGGACGAAGGAAUGCAUCGAGACUUAAAAAUAGCAUUUAGAAGAAAACGUCCUCUCAUAAGCUUCCAUGUUAUCACCUUCUUUGUUCAGUAACGGUUAGCAAGGAAGCUAACAUUCGCUGAAAUUAGCUUUGUCAUUCAUUCCGCUGCACCUGUCUGUGGUCGGGGUAAUGCUGGAGAAGUUCGGCUUUUCAGUGGACGAUCCCGAGUCUGAAUAGUACGGGCAAAACAGACUUUAGUCGCUUGUUUUGGUCCAUGAACAUGCAUUAUUCUAAAGAGAGGAAAGAUGGUGACUGUCAUUUGGACUAAUUCCCCCGAAAGCUGUGUUAAUAAAAUAAUGAGAAUAUAAUAGUGUUGGGUUCCGAACAACUUAAGAAAUUUGUCUUAAAAUUGGUUUGUCUUGGCAUGCGAACAAAGUAGUCAUGAUCUAAUAGUCAUGUAAUGACAAAUGCUGUUAAAGUGGUUAUAAAAGUAACUUUUCAAUUUAUCCGGCCUAGAUAUAGGAGAGGCUUUCAAAUAUAUUAUUAAUGUAGAAAGUUAAGGACUCAGACGAAUGCCUGUGCAUUUUACUUAAGUGUAAUAACGUUGGUUUAACAUUUCAGGCGUGGUCACUGAUGAAAAUGCAUUACCUUGCAAAAAUAGUAAUACAGGUACUCUUUUGUGAAAGAGAUUUGAAACAUGGUUUGGGUUCAGCGGCUUUUUUCUGUUGCACUUAAAUAAAAUCCAGGGGCACCAAAUGUUUUCGUAUCUUACACAAUUAGGAACUGGAAUCCGCCUGUGUGUCACUUAAAUCUCUAUCAAAUGCCCUCUAUCAAACCUCUGAGGCCUUCACACAACAACCAUCUUGGAAAACAAAGGAAUACAGCAGACGGCCAGGGAAAAUGUUGUGAAUAUUUUAAAGAAAUCCCAGAUACAGGAUUCUCUGAGAUGCAUUGUAUGUCUGGACACUCAAAUUUCGUAUCUUGCGUAUGCGUCAUUGCACCCAGUGAAACGUACCCCCGAGGUCUGAUUGCCACCGGUGGGAAUGAUAACAACAUUUGUGUUUUUACUCUGGACCGGCCGCAGCCCCUCUACACCCUGGAAGGUCACAAAAAUACAGUUUGCACUUUGUCCUCUGGGAAAUUUGGAACGCUUUUGAGUGGCUCUUGGGACACGACAGCCAAAGUCUGGCUCAACGAGAAGUGCAUGAUGACUUUGCAGGGACACACUGCGGCUGUGUGGGCAGUCACCAUCCUACCUGAUCAAGGCCUCAUGCUUUCAGGAUCAGCAGAUAAGACCGUCAAGCUCUGGAAGGCUGGCCGAUGUGAGCGAACGUUUACAGGACAUGAGGAUUGUGUAAGGGGACUUGCAGUCAUCAGCAACACAGAGUUCUUAUCCUGCAGCAAUGACACAAGUAUCCGAAGGUGGCAGGUGACGGGCGAAUGCAUACAGGUCUACUACAGUCACACCAACUACAUCUACAGCCUUGCCGUCUUCCCCGAUAGUCAAGAUUUUAUAAGCACAGGAGAGGACAGAUCGUUAAGGAUAUGGAGGCAAGGGGAGUGCUGCCAGACCAUCCGCUUCCCGGCCCAGUCAGUCUGGUGCUGCUGUGUUCUGUCCAACGGCGACAUUGCUGUUGGUGCCAGCGAUGGCAUUAUUCGCAUUUUUACGGAAGCCGAGGACCGCAUGGCGAGCGCCGAAGACCUCCAGGCCUUUGAGGAUGAGCUCUCCAAAGCCACCAUAGACCCGAAGACGGGGGAUCUCGGAGACAUCAAACUGGAAGACCUUCCUGGAAGAGAACACCUAAACGAGCCCGGGAAUCGCGACGGGCAGACGCGUUUGAUCAAAGACGGACAGAAGGUGGAGGCGUACCAGUGGAGCGUCAGCGACGGCCGCUGGGUGAAAAUCGGGGACGUGGUCGGCGGCUCCAACCAGCAGACCUCUAAGAGCGUCAUGUACGAAGGGAAGGAGUACGACUACGUCUUCACCAUCGACGUGAACGAGGAAGGGCCGUCCAUGAAGCUGCCUUACAACGUGACCGACGACCCCUGGCUGGUGGCGCACAACUUCCUGCAGAGAAACGACCUCAGCCCCAUGUUCCUCGACCAAGUUGCUAAUUUCAUCAUCGAGAACACUAAAGGGCACGUGGUGGGUCCUGCUCAGAUCGGUGGUGGCGAUCCGUUCACAGGAGGAUCUCGAUACGUUCCUGGCUCAUCUAAUGACGACUCCGGCUUCGGCGCAGAUCCUUUCACAGGCGCUGGGCGCUACAUCCCAGGGUCAAGUUCCAACGCCAGCGCUCCUUCAGGUGUGGCAGAUCCGUUUACUGGAAAAGGCGCGUACUCCUCAGCAGGAGGACAGACCUCAACUAACAUCUACUUCCCUAAAACUGACUUCGUGACCUUUGAGCAAGCCAAUGCCCCUCAGAUUGUCGCCAAGCUUAAGGAGCUGAAUGAAGGGGCCCCUCGGGAGCACAAGCUCUCUGACGACACCAUGGAAAGCCUGGAGCAGCUGCUGCUGGUGGUGUGUGGGGCCAACUCACCUGAAACUCCUCCUACCAUUCAGCAGAUCAGCCUCCUCUGGAAGGUCUCGCAUUGGCCUGAAGAUAUUGUGUUCCCUGUCUUGGACAUCUUGAGGCUGGCGGUGCGCCACCCGCAGGUUAACGAGAGCCUCUGUGGCGAGGCAGAAGGCGUCCAGCUGUGCAACCACCUGCUGAGCCUGAUGAUGCCCGAGGGUCGCCCCGCCAACCAGCUGCUGGCGCUGCGCACCCUGUGCAACAGCUUCAGCGGCAGACACGGCCGAGCUCUACUGGUGUCGCAGCGCGAAGCCGUGCUGUCGCGCGCCGCCGACCUGGCCGCCGUCUUCAACAAGAACAUCCACAUCGCCCUGGCAACUUUGGUGCUGAACUACGCGGGCUGCUUUCACAUUCAGCCCGACCUGGACGCCAAGGCUCAGUGUCUGUCCGUGGCCAGCAGGGCCCUGGAGACGGUACAGGACAAGGAGGCUAUAUUUAGGCUGCUGGUUGCCUUGGGAACCACGGUGGCCUCGGACCAGACGGCCCAGGACUUGGCGCGCUCCCUGGGCGUCGGCUCUCAGAUUUCCAAGUACUCCACAGUGUCGGAGCCGUCGAAACUGGGCGAGUGUUGCCAGCUGGUUUUAAAAGAACUGCAAUGAUGAGAAGAAUUAGAGAUAAGAGGAGCGCUUCUUUCUGAUUCUCUGUUCUCCUUAUACAGUCUGAUUGAGAUGGAAUUACUACACUUGUAUGGCCUGCAAUAAAAAAGAGCAAACUUUCUUUAUA